CACGCCGGGAGCGCGGCCGGGCCGCUGCCGGUGCGCUCCCGGUGGGAUUUGCCGCUGGAUUCCCCCUGGGAUGAGCCCCGGCUGAGCGCUGGGGCCCGGGGCCGCCGCCGCCGCCGCCGCCAUGAACGAGGCGGUGGCGCGGCGGACGCGGGAGAGCCUGGGGCAGGUGAUCCGCAAGCCGCCGCUGACGGACGCGCUGCUGAACAAGCCGCCGUUCCGGUACCUGCACGACCUCAUCUCCGAGGUAAUCAGGGUGACAGGUUUUCUGAAAGGACUUUACACCGAUUUUGAGUUGAAGUCAGACAAUGUUAAGGAUAAAGAUUCCAAAAUCCACUUCCUUCAGAAGGCCAUCGAUGUGGUGGUGCUGGUGACGGGGGAGCCCCUGGCAGUGAGGCCAGUGCGUGUGGUGGCUGGACACGAGCCCGAGAAAACCAACGAGUUCCUCCAGGCCAUUGGGAAGUGUUGUUUGAACAAGCUCUCCAGUGAUGCUGCUGUAAAAAGGGUCUUGGCUGGGGAAAGAGCUGAUCCUAAAGGGAAACCUCCAUCCUCCAAACCUCGAGAGAAAGAAAGCAGAGAGUCCAAACCAGAAGAACCAAAAAGCCAUAGGGAUAAAGAGAGCAGGAGAGACCCUGAAAUCAAAGACAGAAGCUCAAGCAGAGACAGCAAACCCAAGGAGAGCAGAGAAAGAGAAAAGGAGGGUGAGAAACAGAAGGAUAAUAAAGAGAGGCACAAAGAACCUGAACGUGAGACCUCGAGGGAAGGAGAAAAACGAGACAGGGAAAGAAGCAAAAAAACAACCAAGCAGGGAAGAGAACCGGAAAAAAGCAAAGGAAAAGGAGACACAGAAGAUGAUCUGGAGCGUGAGAAAGGACAGGAAAGAGAGAAAAAACAUGAAGGAGGAAGAGAAAAGGACAGAGUGAAAGGAAGAGGCAAAGAGAAGGGCAGGGACAGGGAAGGAGAGAAGGACAGAGAGAGAGGAAGAGAUCGGGACAGACGCGGGGACAAGGAAAAGGAUGAGGAGCAUCACUGGGAACGUGGGAAGGAGAAAGCAGAGAGAAAGCCCACAGAUCCUGAGGAAUCCACACUUAGGAAGACACAGAGGCCAACUAAAGACAGCCAGUGCCAGCCAGAUAAUGAGAGUGAAAGUCCUGCAGGGAUAUCAAGGCAGCCUUCAACUAAAGGAUCGAGGCAACGCUCCAAACCCGGAGGAGAAGGAGCUGUGGACACCAGGAGUGGGAUUGCCCAGGAUGGUGGAGCUGAACUGCAGGAGAGAACUGAACCAGCAGCUGCAGGAAAACACAAAGGAAGAGAAGUGGAGAACGUGGCUCCUGAAAAGCCUGAAGGUGGGGAAGCACCUCCCGAUGUGCCCCCUCAGCCCAGCCAAAGGCGGAUCCCGCGCCCCGGCAGUGCCAGGCCGGCCCCUCCCCGAGUGAGACGGCAGGAGAGCACAGAGCCCCUGAUCCCAGAAAGGAGCGGCAGCGCCAAAAGCGCCCCAACCGUGAUCCUGGACCAGCAGGGUCCUGAGGAGGAGGAGGACGAGCAGUUUGUGGUGGAGGCAGCAGGGCCUCUGCCACACAUGAGAAAGGAGCCUGAAGUUGAGCUGGUUGAUGAUCAGAAGCAUGGUGGGCUGGUAAAAAGAAUCCUGGAAACCAAGAAGGAUUAUGAGGCGUCACAGAAAUCAUCCCAGACAACAGACAGGGAGAAAUAUCUCCUCCAUCAAUAUGCAGCUGAAUUCCAAAGUGUGGCCUGCAUUGGAGAGGAAAAGGGGCUCGGACUGCUGGGUUUUUGGGAUUAGGUAACCAAAAAUCCA